UCCUCUUCUUACCCUUCUCCCACCAUAGCACCACCGCUCCUUCCUCUUUUACUGUUCCCCCGCCGCCUCCCCACCCCAUUAACGCCACCUCGUCACCCCUCCACUUCCCGUCGUCGCGUGUUCCCCCCUCCCCUCCCCUGAGCCGUCGCGUUUACCUCCUCCCCUCCCCUGCGCCGCGCUGUCGUGUUCACCCCCUCUCCUGCACCGUUGUUUUCACCCUCCCCUUCUCUACGCCGUCGGCGACUGGUUUGUAGUGGUUGAAAAACCCUAAUAGAGAAAUAGGUUUGGGGAGUUUCCAUCAUCAUCAAAACUGAAAACCUAGAACCCACUGAUCAAGAAAAACCCACAAUAGAAAGUAGAAACCAUACUUCCACAAAUUCAAUCAAAGCCCAAAUUGAAAUAGAAUCUGUAUUGACAAUUACAAUCCAAAAUAGAAGAAAACAACAAUGAAUUCAGUGGAAGACAUGGGUGAGCUACAACACCUUCAAACUCUUGAAGGGCACACAGAUCGAGUUUGGGGGCUAGCAUGGAACCCCACCAACACCAACCUUCUCGCCUCUUGUAGUGGCGAUAAAACUGUUCGCAUCUGGGAACAAUCUUUUUCUGGCUCCUUUAAUUGCAAGGCGGUUCUGGAGGAAACACACACGAGAACCAUCAGAUCAUGUGCUUGGUCACCUUCAGGGAAAAUGUUGGCUACUGCUAGCUUUGAUGCUACUACGGCCAUAUGGGAAGAUAUUGGGGGUGAUUUCGAAUGCAUCUCAACUUUGGAGGGUCAUGAAAAUGAAGUGAAAUGUGUGUCUUGGAAUCCCUCUGGUUCUUUAAUUGCUACGUGUGGGCGAGACAAAUCAGUUUGGAUAUGGGAAGUUGAGCCUGGCAAUGAAUUUGAGUGCGUGUCAGUAUUGCAAGGUCAUACGCAGGAUGUUAAAAUGGUCCAGUGGCAUCCUUCCUUGGAUGUAUUGUUUUCAUGUAGCUAUGAUAAUAGUAUCAAGAUAUGGGCUGAAGACGGAGAUGACGAUUGGCAUUGUGUUCAAACACUAAACGAGGCCAGAAAUGGGCAUACUUCGACAGUAUGGGCUUUAUCUUUUAAUGCUAGUGGCGACAAAAUGGUAACUUGUAGUGAUGAUCUUACUAUUAAAGUAUGGGAAACUGACAGCCUGCAUGCACAAUCUGGUGAUGGCUUUGCACCUUGGAAACACCUUUGCACUAUAUCAGGCUAUCAUGACCGCACUAUUUUUUCAGUUCAUUGGUCAAGGGAUGGUGUAAUUGCCAGUGGUGCUGCAGAUGAUGCUGUACGCUUGUUUGUUGAGAAUGAUGAUGUUCAGUUAGAUGGCCCCAUGUACAAAUUAUUAUCUAAGAAGGAAAAGGCACAUGGGAUGGAUGUGAACUCUAUACAAUGGAGUCCUACGGAAAAACCGUUGCUUGCAUCAGCAAGUGAUGAUGGAACAAUUAAGAUAUGGAAGUGCGCAUCUACAUCAUGAUUUUCUUCAUAUUGGAAACCUGCUUUCUUGCAUUGGCAGUUAAGCUUCUCAGUUUCAAAGUUACUAUAGAACAUUGAAAUAUAUUUCUACCUAUACCGAAUCUUUUUGGUGUAACAUAAUCAUUAUGGUUCAGAUUUGUAAAUUUUUAUUAGCGUCUUUGGUAGAAUCACUAAGAAAUAUCUUCUGAAUUUUUUGUUUUUUUAAUAGAAAUUUCUUGGUAUUGCAACCGAUUUA